AUGGCCCAGCGGGAGGUGGCGCGGGCGGUCGCGGAUCAGGCGGUUGCGCGUUUGGGCGCGCGGCUGCUGCCGUCCGCCGUGCCUGCCGACGUCGCCGAGUUCCGCAACGGCGCCGGGAACGCCGUCGGCUCGCUCGACGUGCACCGGGGCUCGCCUGGCUCGUCGAUUGAUUUCAUGCUGCAGUCCUCGCUUCACUGUGAAGUUCCAAAUGGUGCCAUUGACAUCACCUCAAUUCUUAUUUUCCUGAAUGCCUCGACGGAUGCACCACAUUUCCAAUUGGAGCUUAUACAAGGCAGCUCAACUUCAAUCGUGGUGAUUCUGGACCUGCUUCCCCGGAAAGACCUCGCGUUCCACCCAGACUACUUGCAGAAGUAUUACGAAGAAAAUCGAAUGGAUGAGCAGCGUGGAAAGAUCGAAGAGCUACCGCAGACUCAUCCAUACAGAUCUCCGUCACUCUUUGUGCGCAGCGCAUGCUCACCUACAGCAAUAAUGGUCAGCAUUGACUGUGGACAAGGAGGUGAGAAAGCCUUGGAAGAGAUAAUGCAUGGACAAUUAGCAACAGUCAUUCAGGAGGUUCUUCAGAUUUGGCUUGACAACUGUGCUGAUUCCAUCACAGAAAUGGAUGAGGUGGAGAGGGACUGCUUGCUCAAGAGGGACCAGAUUGUAAGAUCGAAAUCGAUUGAGGUUGAUCUGACUGCAAAUCUUCCGAGGAUGUUUGGUCCGGAUGUGUCCAGUCGGGUCAUAACUGAAAUCCGUAAGGCCUUUGGUGUACAAGAGCCCUAA